UCUUUCUCGUUCGGUUUAUCUCAGUUUUAUUUUAUUUAGUUCGGUUAAAUGCUUCUAAUAGUUUGGUCGACGACAGAAUCUCUCUACCUAGCUCUCUCCGACGACGCCAAAAGCAGUCAAUUUCCAAUCGGAGAAGAUGCAGCAGAGGAAAACGACGGCGGCGGGUAGGCCAAGUGGUACCGAUGGAUCUGAUUUCUCGUACCGGAUGGUCGUUGACUCUCGUUACACGAAGGUCACUAAAGGGAGAUCUCGUCUUCGUCUUUUGAUCCUUGUUCAGGCUACAAUUUAUCUAAUUGGACUGUCGUGUGCAUUCAUGACAAGUACUAAAAAUGAGGAGAGGAACACCCUUGGAAUUGCAUCUGCUGCUAUUGGCAUACUCUUUUCAUUCAUUGGAGAUUUUGGUUGUAGACGCAGCAGAGUAAACCUUUUGAGGCUCUACACGGCUGCCUCCACCGUCGUCAUGGUUCUUUCUGUGUUUUCUGCUGUUAGGAGCAGAUUAACAAUGGAGGAACGGAAUAGCUCUGGAACAGCAGCUAACCUUGAGCUCGUAGGGUUCAUUUCUGCUCAAUUGGGAGCGGUGGUGCAGAUAGUAGCAAUCAUCGUUACGGGUUCCCUUGUCAAUAAUAUGUCCCCACCUACGAAGACAGAAUAGACAAGACAAGAGAGUUUGUGGUACUGGCAUGUGUGAUUCUGCCACAAGAGGAAACAUUUAGAAAUUUGAAGUUUUCAGUUCCACCAAAUGAAUAGUUGUUUACUUCAGUGUCUUCUUUCAUUAUUCAAAAGACAUUUUUAAUAGAUCGAUGACCAUAAGAAUGUUACGACUAGAGGCGGACUUGAAAUCUCUAAGAUUGG